AUGGACAGAGGAAACCAAAUGAGAGUCUCUGAAUUUCUCCUUCUUGGGCUCUCUCACCCUCUGGAGCAACAACUGAUUCUUUCUGGCCUGUUCCUGAUCAUAUACCUUGUUACUGCGGUGGGGAACCUCCUUAUCAUGCUGGCUAUCUGCUCUGACUCCCACCUUCACACUCCUAUGUAUUUCUUUCUAGCCAACUUCUCUUUCACUGAUGUGUGUGUGUCCUCCACCACAGUGCUGAAGAUGUUCAACAUUCAGACUCACAGCCAAACUAUCUGCUAUGGUGGGUGUCUUACCCAAAUUUUCUUCUUUCUGUCGUUCAUUGGGUUGGAUGUGUUCCUCCUAGGAAUUAUGGCAUAUGACCAACUUGUGGCUAUUUGCCAUCCUCUCCACUAUACUAUUCUCAUGAGCCCCCAGCACUGUUACCUGCUGGUGGCUGUGUCAUUGGUCAUGGCUCACUUAUUUUCCCUGACCCACACCAAUCUCCUGGCUCAGUUACCCUUCUGUGCUGCUAACACUAUUCCCCACUUCUUUUGUGAGCUCCUACCUUUGAUGAAGCUCUCCUGCUCUGAACCUUAUACCAACCAGCAUGUGCUGAUAUACUGGGGUGGAGCCUUGACCAUCCUAAUCCCUCUGAUGAUUCUUAUCUCCUAUGUCCCCAUCAUGAACCCCAUUCUCUGUAUCCCUUCAGUGAAGGGAAAAUGCAAGGCCUUCUCCACCUAUGGCUCUCACCUCUCUGCGGUUUGCCUGUUUUAUGUGGCUGCCAUUGGAGUGUAUUUCAUUCCCUUUGAGGCUGACUCAGCUGGAAAAGAUAGAUUGGCAGCUGUGAUGUAUGCUGUAGUGACUCCCAUGCUGAACCCCUUUAUCUACACCCUGAGAAACACAGACAUGAAAGCAGCCUUGGGGAGAAUCCUCAAUAGGAGGUCAUUAUUGUUUCUAUAA